AUGUCGUCAGAAUGUACGUCAAAUCUGUUGAAUUCACCUUCUUCAAGACAGAUAACCAGUCGGUCCGUAAAACAAUCACUAAGACCAGUUACUAUUGGUCAAAUCAUGAAAGCUGAAGAGUACGACAAAACCCUAUUAAUAGACGAGGAAGAAGUGUCCCAGAUUAAACUGAUAGCGAAUGUUUGUUCUGUUGGCGUAAAUGCGUCUUGCACGACGUAUAUUUUGGGAGAUGGCACCGGCACAAUAAAGGCGAAGGAAUGGCAUGCAGACGAUGAAUCUGCUUUUAAAGAAAGAAUUAUGGUGAACACUUACGUCCAGAUUUUUGGAAAUCUAAAAGCUACAGAGACGGAAAGAUACGUUUCGAUAUUCCAAACAAGACCCGUUACAGACUAUAACGAGUUAACUCACCAUUACCUCGAAGUCUUAAGUGUCCAUCUAUCAAUCACACGUGGCUCUCUUCCUCCUCCGCAACAAGCUCUUCCAUCGUCUAGCUUUUCUGGUCAAUCGGAAACAUCUUCACUAUCCUAUCUGCCGUAUGGAAUGUACUCCAAUAACGUUCCGAUUCUAAAUAAUGACGAAGGCUUCGUCUCACCCUUACACAAAGAGAUACGGAGACUAGUUAGACAGUGGGCUAACACACGGAAUGGAUUGGGCGAAAGCGAUGAUGGCAUGGAGAUAAAUGAGUUAGUACUCAGGUUACAGUCUACAUACGGCCGUGAUACUGUCAGAGAUGGUGUCCAAUGGCUAAUAAAUGAAGGCCAUUUAUAUACCACCAUGGACGAGGAACACGUCAGGAUUACUGAAUGA